CAACACAAUUUAACAUCUUCUUCUUCUUCUUCUUCAUCAUCUUCUUCUUCUUUCUAUGAUGUCUAAAUCAAAUAGUGUAAGAAAACAUGUUCUUGAGAAGAGCAAGAGUGUGAAAGAAACACGUUAUAAUAAUCAUAAUUAUAAUAAUAAUAAUAAAAAUAAUAAUCAUAAAGCAUUAUUGAGCCAAAGUUUCUUCCCAAAAUUCUUAAAGAAAGUUUACCCAAUUGGUCUUCAAAAAAGCAACUCCUCUUUGUCUUUGUCUUCAAUAUCAUUGUCUUUGUCUCAAAACUCAAAUGAUUCAUUGUCUCAAGCUGAUGAUUCGGUCACUAAUACUACUCCACUUGAUGAGAAGAUUUCAUUGGCAUUGCGUUUGAUUUCACCACAAACUACUAGUCAUGAAGUUCUUAGAGAUGACGAGGUUAAUAUUAAUAACUCACUGCCUAAAAUUGUUCAUCAUCAACAACAACCAAGUUCACUAACAAUAUUACUCAACAAUGAUGAUGAUGAGCCUGGUGAAUUGAGAAGAUGCAAUUGGAUCACAAAGAAUAGUGAUAAGGUGUAUAUAGAAUUUCAUGAUGAAUGCUGGGGAGUUCCAGCUUAUGAUGACAACAAAUUGUUUGAACUGCUAGCAUUGUGUGGAUUGCUCAUUGAUUACAAUUGGACAGAAAUUCUAAAAAGAAAGGAAACACUUAGAGAAGUUUUUGCUGAGUUUGAUCCAAAUAUUGUUGCAAAAAUGGAGGAAAAGGAAAUCAUGGACAUAAUAUCAAACAAGGCACUUUCUUUAGCAGAUAGUAGAAUCAUGUGCAUAGUAGACAAUGCUAAAUGCAUAAUGAAGAUUGUGAGAGAAUUUGGAUCAUUCAGUAGCUACAUAUGGGGGUAUGUGAACCACAAACCAAUAAUAAACAGAUACAGGUACCCAAGAAAUGUGCCAUUGAGAAGCCCAAAAUCUGAGGCCCUUAGUAAGGACUUGGUCAAACGUGGGUUUAGGUUUGUGGGCCCAGUUAUUGUUCACUCUUUCAUGCAAGCUGCAGGGUUGACCAUUGACCAUCUUCUUCAUUGUUAUAGGCAUAGUGAUUGUGUGAGACUAGCUGAAAGACCUUGGAGGCAUAUCUAAUUAACAUCAUGUCACUAUCACCAUUUUUUUUUCUUUUUACUUUUAAAAACAAUGUAAUAACUCAAUGAUUAAUGCAUAUUUGUUGUACUUA